AUUCUCUAAAUUUAGUGAAUAGAGAUUGCAACACAAGCAAGAAACUCACGUUACACUAUUCCGGUAGUUGCAACAAACAACAUCAACCACCAUGUCCACCAAAGAAUGCGGCCACCACGACGACGAACACCGCCGCAAACUCCUCCGCCUAAUAAUCGCCGCCAUAGCAUCUCUACUUUUCUUAAUACUCCUAACCAUUUUCAUAAUAUAUCUCAUCCUCAAACCGACAAAACCUCACUUCAUGAUCCAAGACGCAACCAUCUACAACUUCAACAUCUCUUCUCCAACUUCUUCACCUUUUCCAACACCUAACACACUCUCCCUCACAAUGCAAGUUACACUCUCAACUCACAACCCUAACAACAAAAUCGGAAUCUACUAUCAAAAACUCCACGUCUAUGCUUCCUACCGGAGCCAGCAGAUCUCGUUUCCCACGGCACUUCCUGAUACUUACCAAGGGCAUAAGGAUUUUACUGUUUGGUCGCCGUUUAUCUACGGUGUCGCCGUUCCUGUUUCCCCUUUCACGUUGAGUGCUUUGCAGCAGGAUCAGAAUAACGGAAUGGUUUUGGUUAGUGUUAAAGUUAACGGAAGGGUUAAGUGGAAGGUAGGUAGUUGGAUCUCUGGCAGGUAUCAUAUAUUUGUUAACUGUCCUGCUUAUGUUAGGUUCGUCGGUGAUCGGAAUAAUGGAAUCGGAGUUGUUUCUCCGGCGGUUAAGUUUCAGGUUUUGCAAAGUUGUAGUGUUGAUGUUUAGUGAUGAUGAUAUUAGUUUUUCUUUUUUGGUUUACUUUAAUGAAACUUGACAUUUUUGUUUUUAGUAA